UCUAGGACCCAAAGUCUUUUGGUAGGGUUUUUGUUUGUUUGUUUUGUUUUAUCAUUGUUUUUUUUUUUGGGGGGUGUUGUUGUUGUUGACUUUUCAAGACAGGGUUCUCUAUAUAGCCUUUGGUGUCCUGGAAUGCACCCUGUAGACCAGGCUGGCCAUGAACUCAGAUCUGCCUGCCUCUGCCUCUUGAGUGCUGGGACUAAAGGUGUGCCUGGCCUCGUAGGGUCUUAUGUAAACCAGGCUGGUCUCAGACUUACUGUGUAGCUGAGGUCAGACCUGAAGUCCUAAUUCCCCUGCCUCCAUUCCAAGGGCUGGGGAGAUGACUCAGUAAAGGUGUGUGCUCACCACACAAGCAGGAGGAUCUGAGCUUGAUCCCCGGCACCAUAGUAAAACAGCUGGGUGCAGACAGCCUCUGAUAAGAGCAUUUGUCUCACAGUCGUGAGCGGUUUAGAUCCCUGCACGCACAGCAAGCUGGUGUCUUUGCAGACUCCUAUAACCUCAUCCGAGGAGGAUUACUGGUGCUUACCGGCUUCUAGCUUAGCCAAGAAAAUGCGAACCUCAGCUUUAGAGAGAGAUCCUGCCUCAAAGAAGCAGAGUGACAGACACGUGCAUCCCUCCCCCAUCCCUACCUUACCGUUACCAUUACAUCAACACCAAAUCCAACCAACACCCCUAACCCAACCCCAGUUCCACCCCCAGCCCUAACACUGACCCUAGCUCUACCCCUACUUUUACCAUUAAAUGUAACCCUAACACUGAGGCUAUCCAUAACCCUAACCUUAAUGCUCGCCUAGUGAAAAAGAGCUUAACUAUUCAAUUAAAAACACCAUAGGGGCAGUUUCCUCGAAUGUCCAUUGGAGAGAUUAGGACAAACGGUUUAUACAUGGGCUAGUAAUGGGAGAUAGGGAACUUCUAACGCCUUCCUUCAGACACAGACACGAAAGUGUAGGGAAGUAAGGAAGGACAGUGUCCUAUGGGUAAAGCAACCCCACGCCCACUGUAGAGAUCACUGAAGUCAUGCACACACAUCUAAAAGGUUGGGGUGGCAAUGUAUCCCUGUAAUCUCAGUCCUGGAGAGCAGGAGACAGAAGGAUCCUGGGACCUUGUGGCAGUCAGUCAAGAUACACACAAGACGGGUGUGUGUAUCGCACCCUUUGAGAACCUGAAGUCUAUAACUGCCACACACAAGAUGCCAUUGGAUUGCUUAGCCUCUUUCUUUUAUUUGGGGAGGUGUCUAAGAAUGGACCCCAGAGUCCCUGGCUGCCACUGAGCAGUUCCCAGUCCCCAGCCCAAAUCUUUUUUUUUUUUUUUUUAAAGGCAGGAUCACAUGCUAUAUAGCCCAGGCUGGCCUGGACUUACAAUGUAGCCCAGGUUGACCUCAAAUUCUUGGUACUCCUCCUGCUUCAGCCUCGCCUAAUGCCUAGCUCAGUUCAUUUCUUACCUAUCUGGACUGGUAGUAUUUCCUAUCACCAACGUUUAUGUAGUCAUUUAUUAAGUUAUUCCCAUCAGGGGCUGAUUUCCUGUCACUAACAGUGUCUCAGCAAUCCUUCAAAAGAUGUGUCCCUGGCUUUCAGAAGACAAUGGAUGCUGUCGGUUUUCCUCUACCCACAGAGGCUCCUGGGCCUAAAAUGUGACUCUGAAAGGGACCAGCAGCGCCUCUGGUUCUCUGAGGCUAGCGGCUGUAUCCUCCGGCCAGCUUGAGGUUCUGAAGUACCCCUGUCAGGCAGGAGGCAGUCUGCCUGUGAGCCCCACGGUGGCGGGCGGUCUACCCUGGAGCAGCUGUUCUCUUGUUGCAUCCCAUAAUGUGCUGUCCCCCGACAGGCAGAGGGACACAGAGCAGGGUGGAGCAGUGAGUCCUACCUUCCUUUUGUUCCCAACUUCAGCGGCAGGCACCCUGGCAGUGCACACACAAGUAUCUUGUCACCGUUCUCAGCCUCUAUCUCCUUUUCUGUGCUACUGUAACAUUUGCCCCCUGUUUGGUGGGAGGGUCCAGAGAUGGAUGUCAAAAGCUGUGAAGAUCACCCCGUGUGAGGUAAUGUCAAGAGUGCUUAGUGACCUCCAGAAUGUUCCUGCAUCUUCUCCAGUCUCUGUCUCAAUCCAGCCCGUAUCGAGCGCCUCCUUGGGUUCUCAAAUUCCUCUUGUCAUCCGCCUUUCAUGCAGCAACCAAAGGGAGCUCCUAUAAGGGAAGCCCUGUCACUCCUGCUGGAAACCUUCUAGAAUUUUCUGAGUCGCUCUCUGGUCAAGCUGCAGCCUGCACACACACACACACACACCCCGCUUCCCCCACCUCCUAUCUGCCCCUUGUUUUCCUUGAACCUGUAUAGCUUGUUCCUACAUCACGUCCAUUGCUGGUCUCUGCCUUCAGCUGGGUGCACACGAGUCCUCUGUCCUUCCGUCCCUCAAAUAUUACAGCCUCUGAAGGGUCUUCACUCCCCAACGUCCCACAUUUCCAUUUGUUCCUCGCUCUUGCCUCUGCCUGCCUUGUCGUGUGCAUUUAACACCGACUCAUUGUGUGAGUAUGUGUGUUCACGUGUUGGCAGAUGUACAUACGUGUGCAAGCGUGUGUAUAUAUGUGAGAAUGCUCAUAUGUUGGUUGUCAGGAACCAUUCAUCUACUGAGGCAGGAUCUCAUUGUCCUGCAGCUCACCUAGGAAGCUGGAGUGGGUGACCAGGGAGCCCCAGGAACUGAAAGACUCCGAGAGGAGCCCCUCGCUCAGGCCUCAGGACAAUAGUGAACACCCAAGAACUCAUGAGAGACCAAGCUUGAUGCAAACCACAUGAGAUUUUAUUCGGGGAAAGCCAGAGCUCUGGGGACGACUCAUAUCCCACACAGGGGUAGAGGAGUCGACCUCAAGGGGAAAGAGGAUCCAGUUUUUAUAGGCCCUCAGGGGGGAACGGAGAAGGGGGGAGUAGGGGAUUUCCAGAUCUAAACAAUGUCUAUUCUAAAAUGAUUGAUUCCUCAAGAAAUGGGUAUGGGAGGGAAACAAGGAAAGAGUCUAAUGAAGGUGCAGCACUCCAGAUUGGCCCCGACUAUGGUUGCUGGGGAGAUUUUCCGACUCUUUCCCAGCAACCAAUAUCACAAACACCUGGCAGUGAGGUGCAGCAAUGGGCACACACCUGGUCAGAACAUUGGCAGACACACAGGUUCGAGGAGCGGGGAGAGCAUUGUGCACCUCUAUUUUUCUAAAUCAGUGAAGCUAGUUCUACUAACCAUUAAAUCUAUUUUGCCAAUUUCAGGGCUUCUGUGACCUUUUACAUUCUGUCAGGAUCUUUCAGAACCCAAACGCAUCUACCUCCCCAACUCUGGGAUUAUAAACACACAUCACUGUACCCAGCCUUUUUACAUUCUUUUUUUCUUUUCUUUUCUUUUUUUUUUUUUUUUUUUUUUUUGGUUUUUCUGUAUAUAUAGCCCUGGCUGUCCUGGAACUCACUCUGUAGACCAGUCUGGCUUCAAACUCAGAAAUCUGCCUGCCUCUGCCUCCCAAGUGCUGGGAUUAAGUCGUGCACCACCACGCCCAGCUUGCCUUUUUACAUUCUUCUUCUUCUUCUUUUUUUUUUAGAAAACUGCCUUUAUUCUAUUAGUUGGGAAAAUUAACUGGUAGAGAAAAAUGUUUAGUCAGCUGGAGAGAAGAGACACCCCCAACCCCACCCACUGCCACCCAUAAGAACUGGUGGCUCCUCUGGGAGGCCUUUUUACCUUCUUAAUUCACUUGCAUGUAUAUCAGUGUAUCCCAUGCAGGCAUCAGAUCCCCAGCCUGUACUUACAGACUGUUGAGAGCCACUGUCUGGUGCUGGGGUUGAACCUGGUUCUCUACAAGAGUAGCAAGUCUCUGCAGAGCCCUCCGGCCCUGUGGCCAGCUUUUAAAUGUGGGUUCUGGGAACCAGGCUCAGGUCCUUGUGCCUUUGUUAUGUACUGAGCCAACUCCCCAGACCAACAUGGCACCUGCUUUUCUGCUUGCUCACCUGUGGAAGAUCUAUGAGGGUUGGGGGCUGGAGAGAUGACUCAGUGGUUAAGAACACAUACUGCUCUUGCAGAGGACCUGGGUUCGGAUCUCAUCACCCACAUGGUAGCUCACAGCCUUCCAUAACCCCAGUUCUGGGGGACCCAACAGGCAUACACGUGGUGCACAUACAACAGGCAUACACGUGGCGCACAUACAUGUAUGCAUUUAAAAAGUUCACACAUAAAGUAAAAUAAGUAAGUCUUUUUAAAAAAUGACCUAUGAGGGCAGUGUCCCAGUACUGGUGACAGGACAGUUCCUUUCAGGUGAGCACUGUUUAUGUGUCGAAUAAAAAUAGCAAGUUGGUCACGGCCCUCACCAAAAGAGGGCCUAGCCAGAAACUGCAAAGUCAGUGCUGUCUAAAGCGCUCAGUGCAGCAGGAAAUACAUCCUGACCUGUUCUGGGAGAGGCACGGGAGUCCUGCGGGGUGGCUAUGACCCGCUCCAUCUUACAGACAGCAAAACUCAAAGCAUGGUAGACAGAGAUGGGAUUUAAUCCCAGGGCCGAUGGCCACUGUCAUAGCCUGCCUUCCUGUUGCCGCUGGGCACCAGAGUAGGCAGUGUGCCACAAUGGAUCAGAAAUCCCUCCCCUAGCAGGGGCUAACUGGCUAACUGCUCAGGGCACGAGAAGACACUGUUUGGCAUUGGGGUCACUCUGAGUGGUGACUUCUGGGCAAUUCAUGUUUAUUUAUUAUUAUUAUUAUUAUUUUAUUUAUAUAUUUACUUUGGUUUUUCGAGACAGGGUUUCUCUGUGUAGCCCUGGCUGGCCUGGAAUUCGCUCUGUAGACCAGGCAGGACUUGAAAUCAAAGAUCCUCCUACCUCUGCCUCCCGAGUGCUGGAAGUAGGGCGCUACCUACCACCAGUGGUCACCUUAUGCUUGCUUACAGUUUCCAAGGGUGACCUUCUGCUACUCUUACUUUAUUUCCUCUUUAAGCUUAGAUGACAGCUUUAUUAAAAAGUUGUCAGGGGCUGGAGAGUUGAGUCAGGGGUCAAUAGCACCACUAGUUUUCCAGAGGACCCAAGUUUGGUUCGCAGCCCACGGGGUGAAACUGUCUGUGACUCCAGCUGCCUCUGGCCGUCUCAGGCAGUGCCGCUCACUUACACGUGCCUAUACACUGACACAGAUACCUCAAAAUCAUAAAAAAUGAGUAGUAAAGACAUAACAAGUUGUCAUGCAUGGUGGCACACCCCUUUAAACCCAGCAUUUAAGAGGUGGGUCUCUGUGAGUUCGAGGCCAGCCUGGUCUACAUAGUGAGCUCCAGGCCAUCUAAGAAUACCUAGAGAAAUCCUGUCUCAAAAAAUAAAAAUUAAAAAAAAGAUGGCCAGUUUCAAAGAAAGCAAACUGCAGUCUACCGAGGCCUGUGAACACUAUUUCACGUUCGCUUCUUAACCUAGUUUCUUGGUAGGCCCUGGGGUGGUGCCAGCAGCUUGGCCUUCCUCAGCAAGAGUGUGGCCUUGGGCCAGCACCCAUCAACUCUAAGCCUUAUUGUUCUGUGAACAAUGGGAUGAUAAAUCCUACUUUUGAGAUGAUUGUGGGCACAAAUGAUUCUUUUGGACAGAGUCUUUUGUUUCAGUGCCUUCUAGAUCACAGUAAAAUAUAUGGGAUUGCAAGGAAAAACAGUUCCGUUCUCCCGAUGGACUUUGUGUGCGAGUGCGCACACAAAUUUGUAUAUGUACCUGAACACAUGUAGUGUGUGUGUACACACAUGUUUGCGUAUAUGUACUGAUGUACAUGUAUACAUGUGGAGGACAGGUGACAUUCCUUAGGAGUCCUCUGCUUUUUUUUUUUUUUAAAUGUGUAUGAGUGCUUGCCUGCAUGUAUGUAUAUGUUUGAACCACAUGUGUGCCUGGUGACUGCUCCACAAAAGGGGUGCCAGAUCCCCCAGAAUUGGAGUUACAGGUCAUUGCGUAUGGGUGGCCCCAUUUCAUAUGGGUGCCGGGAACGGGACCCGGAUCCAGAUCGUCUGCUAAAGUGACACGCACUCUUACCUGCUAAGCCAUUUCUCUAACUUAGAUGCGCUUUUUGAGAUAGGGGCUCAUUGGUUCGGAGCUCAGUGAGAAUCUGCCUGUCCCACGUUCCCAUUAUUGGGAUUACAAGCGUGUGCCAGUGUGCCCACCUUUUUCUUUCCCCCAUGGUUCUGGGUCCUUGUGCAUAUAGGCAAGCACUUUACUGAGCAGCUAUCUCCCCAGCCCUAGACCUUCAUUAUCAGUUCAUUGGAUAAGGUGUGUUCAUUUACCACUAUGUCUAGUGUAGCUACUGUAAUUUGAAGUGAUAAGCAGGAACUCUCUCUCUUUUUUUAUCUGUAGUAACUGAGACGCAGUCAUAAAAGAAUACAAUGUUGCUGGCCACCGUGUAACUCAAGGGCAUGACCAACAGUGUAUUGCCUGUGUUCAUAGUUGGGGGGAAUGCUAGCUCUCAGGAAGGGUUUUCUCAUCUCCAUUCAUAGUACCUGCUGUAGCUCUUAUUUGACAAGUUGAUCUGUGGAAAUAAAGCAUGCCCCUCCCUGUUGUCCAUGGGACAGGGAGGCCAGGAGCAGGCAGACAUACUUCAAGGCUAUGGGCACGUAUCAAGAGAUCUGUGCAGGCCCAGGUUGCUGGCUGGUAGGGUUGAGGAUGGUGUAGUGAAACUUUUCCUGCCCUGACUGGGCAAGCCAUCGAGGACCACUGCUGCCAAGAGUUCUUGGGGGACGACAGAAGCUCCGGUGGCAAGACACUGAUGGAGAGGCAGAAACGGAAGGCGGACAUCGAGAAGGGGCUGCAGUUCAUCCAGUCAACACUACCCCUGAAGCAAGAGGAGUAUGAGGCUUUCCUGCUCAAGCUUGUGCAGAACCUGUUUGCCGAGGGCAACGACCUGUUCCGGGAGAAGGACUACAAGCAGGCUCUGGUGCAGUACAUGGAAGGGCUGAACGUGGCUGACUACGCCGCCUCUGACCAGGUGGCUCUACCCCGGGAGCUGCUGUGCAAACUGCAUGUCAACAGGGCAGCCUGCUACUUCACCAUGGGCCUGUAUGAGAAGGCGCUGGAGGACAGUGAGAAGGCUUUGGGCCUGGAUGGCGAGAGUAUCCGGGCACUGUUCCGCAAGGCGCGCGCCCUCAACGAGCUGGGGCGCCACAAAGAGGCCUAUGAAUGCAGCAGCCGGUGCUCCCUCGCGCUUCCCCACGAUGAAAAUGUCACCCAGCUGGGCCAGGAGCUGGCUCAGAAGCUUGGACUGCGGGUACGGAAAGCCUAUAAGAGACCCCAGGAAUUGGAAACGUUUUCUCUGCUUAGUAAUGGCGCUCCAGCUGGCUUAACAGAUCAGGGAACUUCUAACGGAUUGGGAUCUAUAGAUGACAUCGAAACAGACUGCUACGUGGAUCUCCGAGGCUCCCCAGCCCUGCUCCCCUCCACUCCCACGAUGCCCCUGUUCCCUCAUGUUCUGGACCUCCUGGCCCCACUGGAUGGCAGCAGCAGGACACUCCCCGGCACCGAGGGCCUAGAUGACUUCUCAGAUGGGGAUGUGUUUGGUCCAGAACUGGACACCCUCCUGGACUCUCUGUCUCUGGUCCAGGGUGGCCUGCCUGGCAGUGGUAUGCCUAGUGAGCUGCCUCAGCUGAUCCCCGUGUUUCCUGGUGGGACCCCACUCUUGCCACCUGUGGUGGGUGGCUCCAUCCCCGUGUCCAGCCCACUGCCUCCUGCCUCCUUUGGCCUUGUCAUGGACCCCUCCAGGAAGCUGGCUGCUUCUGUGCUGGAUGCCCUUGACUCUCCAGGGCCCACGCUGGACCCCCUGGAUCUGUUACCAUACUCUGAGGCUCGGCUGGGUGCCCUUGACAGCUUUGGGUCAGCCCGAGGCUCCCUGGACAAGCCGGACUCCUUCCUAGAAGAGACCAGCUCGCAGGACCACCGACCCCCAAGCAGUACUCAGAAGCCAGCCCCCUCGCCGGAGCCCUCAAUGCCCAACACCACCCUGCUCAUCAAGAACCCUCUGGCUGCCACCCACGAGUUCAAGCAGGCCUGCCAGUUGUGCUACCCCAAAACAGGCCCCAGGGCUGGCGACUAUACCUACCGUGAGGGCCUCGAGCACAAGUGCAGAAGGGACGUCCUCCUCGGCCGCCUCCGGAGUUCCGAGAACCAGAUCUGGAAGCGCAUCCGGCCGCGGCCCACCAAAACCAGCUUUGUGGGCUCCUACUACCUGUGCAAAGACAUGAUUAACAAGCAAGACUGUAAGUACGGGGAUAACUGCACCUUCGCCUACCAUCAGGAGGAGAUCGAUGUGUGGACAGAGGAGCGGAAGGGCACACUCAACCGGGACCUGCUCUUUGACCCUCUAGGGGGUGUCAAGCGUGGCAGCCUCACCAUUGCCAAGCUCCUGAAGGAGCACCAGGGCAUCUUCACCUUCCUCUGUGAGAUCUGCUUCGACAGCAAGCCCCGGAUCAUCAGCAAAGGGACCAAGGACUCUCCAUCUGUCUGCUCCAACCUGGCUGCCAAGCACAGCUUUUACAACAACAAGUGCCUGGUGCACAUCGUCCGCUCCACCUCUCUCAAGUACUCCAAGAUCCGUCAGUUCCAGGAGCACUUCCAGUUUGACGUGUGCCGCCACGAGGUGCGCUAUGGUUGCCUGCGCGAGGACAGCUGCCACUUCGCCCAUAGUUUCAUUGAGCUCAAGGUCUGGUUGCUGCAGCAGUACUCAGGAAUGACCCAUGAAGACAUCGUUCAGGAAUCCAAGAAAUACUGGCAACAGAUGGAAGCCCACGCAGGGAAGGCCAGCAGCGGCUUGGGUGCCCCAAGGACACACGGACCCAGCACUUUUGACCUGCAGAUGAAGUUUGUGUGCGGUCAGUGUUGGAGGAAUGGGCAGGUGGUAGAGCCGGACAAGGACCUCAAGUACUGCAGUGCCAAGGCCCGGCAUUGCUGGACCAAGGAGAGGCGGGUCCUUCUGGUGAUGUCCAAGGCCAAGAGGAAAUGGGUGUCCGUGAGGCCGCUGCCAUCCAUUCGAAACUUCCCACAGCAAUAUGACCUAUGUAUUCAUGCCCAGAACGGCCGCAAAUGCCAGUAUGUGGGGAACUGCUCCUUCGCACACAGCCCUGAGGAGAGGGACAUGUGGACCUUCAUGAAGGAGAACAAGAUCCUGGAUAUGCAACAGACCUAUGACAUGUGGCUGAAGAAACACAACCCAGGGAAGCCGGGAGAAGGGACCCCCAUCAGCUCUCGGGAAGGAGAGAAGCAGAUCCAGAUGCCCACAGACUAUGCUGACAUCAUGAUGGGCUACCACUGCUGGCUCUGCGGCAAGAACAGCAACAGCAAGAAACAGUGGCAGCAGCACAUUCAGUCUGAGAAGCACAAGGAGAAGGUCUUCACUUCUGACAGCGACGCCAGCGGCUGGGCCUACCGCUUCCCCAUGGGCGAGUUCCGACUCUGUGACAGGCUCCAGAAGGGCAAGGCCUGCCCAGACGGAGACAAGUGCCGUUGUGCCCAUGGACAAGAGGAACUCAACGAGUGGCUGGACCGGCGUGAGGUGCUGAAGCAAAAGCUUGCCAAGGCCCGCAAGGACAUGCUUCUGUGUCCACGGGAUGAUGACUUCGGCAAAUACAACUUCCUGCUGCAAGAGGACGGGGACACCACUGGUGCCACCCCAGAUGCCCCUGUUGCUGCAACUGCUACUGCUGCCACCACCACCACUGGGGAGUAGGGCCAGGUCUCAGCUAUGGCAAAGUCUUGGGGUCGGGGGUGGGUUGGGGGCAGGGGACUACCCCAUCAGGCAGGCGCCAGUCCGCUGGGUCCCUGUCCAUCCUUUCCACCCCCAGUACCCCAGGUGUGUAUACCCAGGUCAUACACUGCAACCCCAAGUGGUCCCAGGAUCCUUGGCCUGUCAAAAUGGGGGCAGACCCUCCCCAAUUCUAGUUCUCCUGGUUGGAGAGGGAGGGGCCUGGCCAGCUUCAGCCUACAGCUUUAAAUUCUGUCUGCUCCUAAAUGGGUCCAAAGCUCAGUACUGGGGAGCCUGGGGUCCCCACUUGAAUGUGCAGCAGGAGGUCCUUUUCCUUCUCUACCUUCCUCUUCUCCCUUUCCCUGGGGCCAGAUCAGGACACAGCACAGGGCAGGAGGCCCUGCCUAGCUUAAAGUAUAGUCAUGAGAUGGAGUUGGGAGCACUAUACUGGUCACUUACCACCUGGGGCCUCAGUUUCCUGAUCUGCGAAAGGGGCAAGGGCUAAGGCAGAUGAUAAUCUGAAGCUAGAUUAAACAGUCUAGGUGCUCCUAACAACCACCCCCUGCCCGGGCCUCUCCUUUGUGAGCCACAGUUGUAGACCGUACCUCAGCCUUGGAGUCAACACAGCCCACAGCCCAUUUUACAGAAACCAAAACUGAGUUCUAACAGGAGGAGUGAUUUGCCCAGGGUUUUUAGCCCUCUCUGGUACAGAACUGGGAUGUGAACAUUGGUCAGAGACCCCACCCAUUAGUAGCUGGAGCCUCUGGGCUCCUCAGUCCCAUGCAACAUCCCUGGGACCUGGGGAAGGGAUGCUGAGACACAAGCAGGUCUUCUUAGCUCCAUGUUGGGAGAUGUUGGGGUAAGCAAUGGAGGCUAUAUCCUCAAGAGCUGUCACAGACAAGUGGCAGAAUACAGGCACCAUGAGCUCAGGUUCUGACAAGGUGCAAAGCGUGGGGAGGCUCUGAGGAAUAUGAAGAGUGGGAAGGCGGCCUAGGCUCCAUGGGCCACUAUGAGAAAUAGCCUCUCUUUCCUGGGAACCCUCUGUGGUCCUCUCUAAAAGACCCAGAUAUACUGUUAUGGCCAUCUAUCCCAGCCCCUUCCACCCUAUGCUCAACCCUGCUGGCUGCCUAGGACCCCAGCGGACACCCCCCCCCCCAGCUCAUGCCCCCUUUUACCAAGGCCUCUUUUAUCUUCUGAAGUAUGUCUGCACCUUUCCCCCACCCCCACAGGUAGACACAGCCUCCCCUGGCUACCCAAGACAUUCCAGAAUGCUCCACCCUAUUGGCACAAGAAGUGGGGCACCCCCCCCCAGAAGGAACCAGAAACUAAGGCUAUCAAGGAGUGAGAUAGAAUGAAGACACUCCUAUUUCUCCUCCAGCCAGGGUUGCUAGAGCUCAAGGGCACAGUGAUAGGCACCUGGGCAUAAAGGACCCACCCACCCACCCCUCAUCCUGCCACUGCCCAACCUUCUCCUGAUAACCAUGGCAUGCACCGUCUCCUCUCCCCUGCCCCUCUUCCCUGACCCCAGCUGGCUAGCACUGCAGAGUUUGGCUGCUGGCAGUGUGGCUGGAGGGGAGGGGAGACCACAUCUAAGGUGGGGGCCAUGGCCGUGAAUGUGGAUGACACUUGUUCUCCUGACCCGUGGUGUUGCAGUCUGUUGUCACCAGCCUUGUUUUAGUGUGUAUAUAUGUCGCCCCUGUGAUGCAUAUAUACACAGGUAUUAAAUAUAUCGCUCUAUAUAAUAUUAUAUAUGUGUGUGGUAUCCAAGGAAUCUCUUCUAUUGAGGGCUAAAGAUAAAGAAUUUGGCACACAAAAAAAAUGCAGACAUCCUUGUGAAUUUUGAGUGCUUAUGGGGUCAUCUGGUUAUUUAGGGCAUUGAGACUGGAGCCGUGGCUCAGAUGAUUGGGGCAGAAAAGGCAGGGUGGCCCACACCUGCUCUGACUGCUAGCUUCCCACAGAUCCAUGUCUAGAAUACCAGUGUGCUCAGGAAAAGGAAGUCAUUUCGUGUUUGUUUCCCACCAAAGAAGAAUGAAUCCAGGGUUUUUCUACUGUUCGUCUGUCCAGGGGUCCCUGAGAUCUGGGCUCCCUUACAUUCUAGACCUAUGUCCCCCCCCAUGGAAGAGAAGAGAAGAAUGAUAGGGAUGACCUGGGGUGGGGGGACAGCAAAACAUCUUAAAUGAUGACUGUAGUUAAUCAGAUGUGACCCCUCUAGGGCCCCUGGUUGGAAGGCUCAGGGUUGAAGCGGGGCCUAGGAGCAAGAACAAGAUUGCACAGUAGACAUGGGGUGAGGGUAGUGGGAGGGAAUGCUGCAUUUCUCAGCUGGGCAGUAAUCAAUCUAAUGGUCCUUUAAAAAUGUCUGUAUUAAAAUUUAAGAAUACCACACUUUAAUAUUAAAUAUCAUAAGGUCUAGUAUCUUGAUAAUAAUGUAGAUGUUUUAAUAACAAUUUUUGUCCUUCUUAAAAUAAAAUGAGAGAAAUUUGCUUCUUUUA